UGUUUUGUUUAGACGAUUGCACUUGUACGUAUACAUGGUCCUUAUUCAAUUAUUUGAGUUUGAGUUGGUGCAAAAUGAAGGCCGCCUGCUUGCGUGAGCUAAGCUUUUUUGCUUUAGUGGGUCUUUCUUGGGCUAUACCAACCACCAAGGAGUACAAAGGCCCUUCACAGGAAAGCAUUAUUCAAGCCAAGGCCAUUUUGGACAAAUAUCCAAUCAUCGACGGUCACAAUGACUUUGUCAUGGGCUUGAGGACCUAUUUUGAGAAUGAUUUAACCAACUUCGAUUUCAAUACCAAUCUCUCCGCCAUUGAACCUUGGGCGUCCCAUUAUGCCGAUGACACCGACAUUCCUCGAAUGAAAGAAGGUCGAGUUGGCGGUCAAUUCUGGUCAUCUUUCAUCUCUUGUGAUGCUCAAUACAAGGAUGCCGUUCAGCUUUUUAUGGAGCAGAUCGACGUCAUCAAACGCUUGGUACAAGACAACCCAAAUGAUAUGACAUUCGUCACUGAUGCCCAGGGCAUUGAGCAAGCCUUUGCCGACAAAAAGAUUGCUAGUUUGAUUGGCGUGGAAUCUGGUCAUGCCAUUGGAGAAAGUCUGGGCAUGUUGAGGAUGCUUUAUGAACUCGGAGCCAGAUACAUGACCUUGACUCAUACCUGCAAUACCCCCAGGGCGGAUGCGGCACAAGUGGAAAGCGGCGAGCUACCCGUUCGAAGUGAUGGCUUAAGCGAUUUUGGUAAGUUGGUGGUCCAGGAAAUGAACCGCUUGGGCAUGCUCGUGGACCUUUCACAUGUAUCAGCAAGGACCAUGGCAGAUGCCAUGGAUGUCACUCGGGCACCCGUGAUUUUUUCCCAUUCAUCGGCCAGAUCUGUGUACGACCAUCCCCGGAAUGUUCCAGAUGAGAUUCUUUCUCGAUUGACGGACAUUGACGGCAUUGUCAUGGUGAACUUCUUCUCAUGCUUUGUGGUUCCCGAUUGCAGUGAGAACCACGGAAACGUCUUAGAUAUUGUGGCGCACGUAAAUAAAAUUCGGGAAGUGGCUGGAGUGGAUCAUGUGGGUAUUGGUUCGGAUUUUUGUGGCGUCGACAUAUCCCCCGAGGGUUUAGAGGAUUCGGCGGGCUAUCCCAACUUAUUCGCAGCCCUUUUAGAGGACGGUUGGACCGAAGAAGAAUUGGGUAAAUUGGCCUCUGGUAACCUCAUCCGCGUGUUUAAAGCUGUGGAAGCUAUCCGAGAUACUUUGACCUCGGAGGAGCCCUUCCAAGCCUGGAUUCCCUCCGAGGAGGUUCAAGCUGACGAGAGCCAGUGUCGCAUGGAGCCCUGGUAAAACCAUCGCACCAACAGAACCUCACCUUCCUUGAUUUGGAAAGUGUGGCAGGAUUUCCGGUCAAAAGAUGAUUGAUUAUGUGCCUCCCUCUGAAACAUCCAUCACAUUCACCGAAAAAUAGGCACAAAUAUGUAUCAUCCACAAAUAUGAAACACUAAAGGCAAAAAACUCUCGACGAGAA